CACACUGCCACCGGUGCCCAGCUGAUUGUGCUGUUGCUUUUGUUUUUGUUGCAAAACCAUAAUUUUUGAUUUUGUGUUAUUUCAAUAAAAAAUGAUAAAUACCUUUAACAACAUUGAUAAGCAAUAGCACAAUUCACCAUGUCCACGCCACUGGAACAACAAACAGAUGAACGGGAGGCCUUGCAGUCGAUUUAUGAGGGCGAUACAAACUUUAAGGAAACAGAUAGUGUCACAUUUCAAUACAAAUAUGGCGAAGAGGACAACUACAAGUCGUUCCUGGUGGAGCUGAAAUGGGGAGAGAACUAUCCGGAUGAGGCGCCAACGAUCAAUAUGAAUACGUUUUAUAAUAGGAAUCUGCUACCCGCUGUCAAAGAGGAGAUCCAAUCAGCUUUGAGUACGGAAGCCGCUCAAUGGCUGGGCUGUGGAAUGACCUACACCUUGUUCGAAUGCCUUAAAGACAACCUAGAGCAAUUAACCGCAGCCCAGCCCGAAUCCGCACCCACCGUAGUAGCCGUGGAUGAUGGUGUGAGCGCCCUGAAGAUCUCCGAUCCCAAUGCCGAUGCAGAUGCAAGGAAAAAGGAGCCCAAGAAGGAGCAGCUGACCAAGGCGCAGAAGCGCCGUCAGUGGGAACGAACCGAUCACAAAGGAGAUCGGGAACGCGGCUGGGAUUGGGUGGACCUCGUCAAGCAUUUAUCACAGACGGGCGGAAAGAAUGAAGAUGCUCCCACUGCCGCCGAAAUUGCUGCUUCUAAUGCUCCAGCUCUUCAUCCCCUGAACAAUUAGAAUCCCUAGCCACUUAAGAGAUGAGAGAAACAAGGAGAACACUUUAAAUCGAAAUCAAAAGCCAAUACUAUUUUUAAUGUGAUCAGAUAAUGGCAAAUUAGCGCAAGCAUGCCUAUCAAGAAAUCUUUAAUAAUUAUGUUGAUUAACUAUUAAAAGGUUAAAACUUUUGAUUCAA